ACUUUUGAUCAAAUUUGGAUGAAUAGCUUGGGUAGAUUUAAUUAUUUCUUUUAAUUUUCUGUCAUAUCCAUACUAACAAAAAUAUAAAUCUGCACUGAUUUUCAGCUCUUUGAAACUUUUUCUAAUAACCAUGUUUGUUGACCAACCCCACAGCCCAGUAUUGCUUUUUCUGGUAAUUUCUAUGGUUUUCUGGUUCUUUUCUUUGUCAGAUCAACACAUCUUUAGUUUUCAAGAUAAACUUAAGCUCUUAUCUAAUUUGCAAGUUACACUAAUCAAAUCACAACCAUGCAAAUAAAUAGUUCAGAAUUUUGAAAUGGUAUUGAGAUUGUCAUCUGCCAUGAGUACCCUAGCAUUUCCUUUUAUCAGAUCUGCAAAAAUUCCUUUCCCUUUUUUUCUAAAAUCAAAAUUUUUGGUUCAAGGCUGUGCUGUAAGCUCUUUAUGUUCAAAAUAUCCUAGUGAACCAGUUUGGAGACAAACAAAUUAUCUGAGGCCUUUGAACCACAUGACUUCUACUAUGGACAAGACUUCUGGCAGCAGCACUUCAAUUACAAGCAGCAACUCACCUACUGCUGGUAUCAUUGUUAUUGGGGAUGAGAUUUUGAAAGGACGAACCCAAGAUACAAACAGCCACUUCAUAGCUCAGAAAUUAUAUAAACUUGGAAUACGAGUGAAAAAGGUUGUUGUCAUAGGUGAUGAUUUAUCAGCAAUUUGCAAUGAAGUUCGGCUCUUCUCAUCUCAGUUCACUUAUGUCAUCACGUCUGGGGGUAUUGGCCCAACCCACGAUGAUGUCACUUUUCAAGGCAUUGCCAAUGCUUUUAAUGAGCCCCUGAUCCCUCAUCCUGAGCUAGUAACCUUCAUCGGCAACUACUUCAAGACUUCAGACCUCUCAACGCCUCCCAUGAAAAUGGCUCAUAUCCCUGCCAGCUCUUCACUAGUGUACGCUGAGGAUCGAGCAACAGGAUACAAGUCCAAGUUUCCUGUCGUGUGCGUACGCAAUGUGACCGUCCUUCCUGGCGUCCCUGGCCUCCUGGAAAAAUCUUUUGUUAGAUUAGCAAAGCAACUUUAUGGGGACCACCGUCACGUGCAUUGCGUGGACUUGUAUAUGAGUGUGGAUGAAGUCACGCUCGCUGCUGCCAUGAACAACACCGUCGCUGCCUUCCCCUCAGUCACUAUUGGUUCCUACCCGCAGCUCACGCACAGUUACUACAAGACUCUGCUGACCAUCGAGAGUCAGGAUUCUGCUGCAGUGGACGCUGCCAAGCAACACUUACUGAACCAGAUUGACGCAGAUUAUGAAGUGAAGGGCUACGUACGUGACAGUCUGAGUGGUGCGUGGCCGCGCCUGCAUCGCCUACUACAGGAGAAGCCUGCCCUCGAGCCUCGCGUCACUCAUGCUCUGCAGGUCCUCAGUGACUGCCUCCAGCAGUACAGGCCUGAAGAAAUAAGCGUUUGUUUCAACGGCGGCAAAGAUUGUCUUGCGGUGCUUCAUCUCUACUACCUGGCGCUCAACCAGCGUCUCUGCAGCGCUGACGCCGCAACUCUGCCCACAAUCCAGGCUGUUUACAUCAAAGAGCAAAAUUCCUUCCCUCAAAUUACAAAAUUCGUAGACGAGACUAUUAACAGAUAUGCAUUGAACUGCACCAUCCUGGAAGGUCCCCUGAAGAACGCCCUGCACCAACUGCAGCGGCAGCAGCCCAACAUUAAGGCCGUCAUCAUGGGCACUCGGCACUCCGACCCUUACUCAGAUUCCCUGAGCGCUUUCCAGCGCACGGACAGUGACUGGCCACAUUUCAUGCGGGUUCAUCCCAUACUUCCAUGGGACUACAAAACUGUCUGGGACUUCAUCAGAGGACUGUUCCUGCCUUACUGCACGCUCUACGAUCGCGGGUAUACCUCCCUGGGCAACGCCAGCAACACCACCCAGAAUCCUCAGCUGCUCACCACCGACAGGCUCGGGGCCCCCACCUACAAGCCCGCCUACCUGCUCGAUGACGGCAACGCCGAGAGGAGCGGCCGCACCUGAGGAGACUUUACCUGCUGGAGUAACGGCGACUAGGACAACGUUAUGCCUUUUUUUACAAAUACUUACUUUUGGGUCAAUUAGAAGUUCGUUGUUAUGUCUGGGUUACUAAUACGCACUUUUGGGCAGAUUAGAAGUUCGUUGUUAUGUUUGGGUUGUAAAUACCUACUUUUUUAUGGAAUAAAAGUACGUUCUUAUGUUUGGGUUGAAAGGACCUACCGUAGCAAGAAUGACAAGUACGUAAUUAUGUUUUGGUUACAAGGACCUUAUUUUUAACGGACCACAAAGACCUAGUUAUUUUUAAGUUGCAAGCACGUACCUAUACGUGUGGUACUAGUGCAAUACCGAGUUAUCUAUAGGCUGAAAGUACCUGGUUGUUGCGCGGUAACAACUGUGUAAAUGCCUGAAUUAGUUUUGCAUAUUAUUAGUUUAUCCAUGGCAGUUUAUAUAUAUGAAGCUUUUUACGAUACGUAUUGACUUCUGUGUUCGGUUAUAACUUUCAUUCUUAAAGUACCAGAAAGUUUUUAUUAAUUCACCACGGAUAAUAUUUCUAAGAUCAACUUUUCAUGUACUUGUUAAGCUGGCCGUCACUUCUAAACUAUUUAUAAAGAAAAUAAAACGAGCUCAUUGUGAUGAAGUAUUAUAUUAGUGUUGAAAAUCAAUGCAAAUAAUAAUUCGCACGCAGAGGUAAUUUCGCAUAAAUGGAUAGAGCCCGUCAAUAUUGUUGAAGGUUAACUUAAAUAAUGGUUACAGGUAUUCAUACAUCAACUUCAAUCCGGGGAGAGGGAAAAGGAAUAAAAAUAACACAAAUA